CGUUACCAUGGGGAUUGCCCGGAAGGAGCGUGUGCCCUCUUGAAAAAGCUCCCCCGGCUUUUUCCGGUGUUGCGAAAGCGGCGGCGAGAAGGCUGCUAAGAUGUCAAGCCAAAAGAAGUGUCCAGACUGUGGCUCCUUGGAAAUUGUAGAGGACUCUCAUUAUGCUCAGAACCAGCUGGUGUGCACAGACUGUGGCUUCAUUCUGACUGAAGGGCUUCUCACAACCACAUAUGCUGAUGAAGAACAUUUACAAGAAGUCACAUAUUCACGGAGUACUGGUCAGAAUGAGCAAACGAGCCGUUGUGUACUGCGAGGAGUCAAACGUGUUCGGGAUCUCUGCAAAGUUCUGCGCCUUCCUUCUCUGUUUGAAGAUACAGCCGUGUCCUAUUACCAGCAGGCAAUCAAACGUCCCUGCUUCAGUUUAGUCAGUUUGGAGAAGAAGGAGAUGCUUGUGGGCUGUUGCGUCUUUGUGACCUGCCGCCAGCACAACUGGCCCCUGACCAUGGGCACCGUCUGCCUGCUGCUCUAUGGAGACAAGGAGUUGUUUGCAAAGACCUAUCUGCGCUUCCUGAAGGAACUGGCACUGGAUGUGCCUACUCUCAGCUUGAUGGAUAUGGUGAAAACCCACCUCAACAGCUUCAAGAUUUUCCAGAAUUCACCCAGUGUCCCGACUAAGUUUGUAGAAGAAAAGGAGCAGCUGGUGGCAAGGACUAUCCAGAUGGUGGAACUUGCCAGCGACACGUGGCUGGUGACAGGCCGGCACCCCAUCCCCAUAGUGACAGCAGCAGCCUUCCUGGCUUGGCAGUCUCUCCGGCCUGUCGAUCGCCUCACUUGCACCCUUUCUCAGUUCUGUAAGCUUGCUGGUAUGGAGGCUCCCCGGCCAGCCCACCAGAGACUGAAGGAGCUGCAUAACAUCCUCCUGCAAAUGGCUUCUCAGCUGGGCUGGUUGCGAGUGCUGAAAGUGGACCGUCGGAGCGUGGCAAAGUACAUCGGUGACCUUCUGCGGCACCGCCGUGUGCUUCUACAGGCUGCCUUCCGCAUCGUGGAUACUACGGAAGACCGUGACCUAGAAGACUCAGCAGUUGCGCCACUGCAGCUAAUCAAUGAGAGCGCUGCAACAGUAGAAGAGGCCUCCCUUUCAGGAGAGAAGCAGAAGUUCAGCAAGCGGAAACCUUUGCUCCCACCCUGCGUCUUGAACCCUGCAAAGAGGCUACGAACUCCUCAGCUAAGCCUUGAAGAUUCUGCUAUCACUGGGGAUGAGCCCAUUUUAGACAGUGAGAUAGAGCAGUAUAUCCGGACUCCAGAAGAAAAGGAGAUGUUUAGCAAGGCUCAAGUGUGCCUGUGACCUCGAAGCUGCAAGUGAUUCAGACAGGCUUGCAAGCAAUAGCCUUCUGAUACAUAUUUUGCUCUAGGAGGCUUAGUUUGGUAAGAAUAGAGUAUACACUUCCGGAGUUAAUGCGAAAUACAUUACUUCUGGUAAAUGAGCCAUCAUAACCACUAGAGGAUUGUGAAAAUUUGUGUCCUGGGCUUUUUAGACUUGUCUACCUAUGUACUGUCUGAAGCAAAGGGAUUCAUUGGUUGCAAGAUGUGAUUCCCCGCCCCCCCCAAGCUCUCCUGUCCCACUAAGAAUCUCCUGCAUCCUUCAGGCAUGGCUCCCCCCACCCUACUGUGAUAAUAAUUAAAGACAGGUUUGGGUGGCCUGGAUAACUUUGGUUACUGGUAGGGACCACUAGUAACCAGUUGGCGAGGUUGUGUGGUUGUUUCCCUUCAACUCUGACAAGAGGUAUAGGAAGUGGCCACAUUGCAGUGGUUUGCAUGCUGUUUAGGACAACUUUUGCUGUAAAGAUUGGCAGGCUUCCAUGCGUAUCUCUGGGUGAGAAGUAGUAUCCACUCUUGAAGGUUUGGGUGGAGGCAGUCAGCCAGUUAGAGCAACAAAUACCUCUUUGAGUUGGCGUUUGACUUGAAUUAAUGUUUGUCUGGUCUACUUAUGGUCCUCAUAGUUAGGCAUGGGAGAGUGGAAGAGUGAAAAUCUAAUUGCAAGUUGUUUCAGACAUGCAUGCUUUAAACCUAGAUCCAGAAGAAAAAGUUGUGGCUUUGCAAGCGUCUCUUUAUAGAACAUGGUAUGGUGGUUCCUGAACAUCAUACCCGAGUCACAAGAGAGGUGGCGAGUCAGUCGCUCUGAUUAAUGGAGCUGCUUAAUUAAUUUUUGUCCCUACAUGCAUGUUGAGAGACAAGCUUGUAUGUCACAUUAAUGAUGUAUGUGAUUUGUUCAGUUGCUCAAAUUGUUGCCACACAAUUCCGUUUAUUGCUCUGUAACUGUGGCCAAACUCUUGUUACUGCCAGAUUUGAUUUUAAAAAGAUGACUUUAUGACCAACCAGAUACUGAACUGUGUGAGGUAUCAAGAGAGCCAGAGGAGUAAGAAAGCAAUAGAGAACUUUUUGGAUGUUGCAAAUCUUUAAUAUAUUAAACAAGAAACAUCUGCUAGAAACACUUCAUUUUUAUAAAAUGCAAAAGCCCUAUUACAUGCUUUCUUUGGCACAGUUGUCUCUCAAAAAAGCUCUCUGUUCUUUGGCACAGUUGUCACUCAAAAAGCUUUCUUUUGUGAUAUGUCAUUUGCUCAUAAUGUAAACAGACAAAAUAAGGUAAUAAUACAAAGCUUUUCUGAUAAUACUGUUUUCAGUGUAGCAAGCAUAUAUAACAAGUUCAGCAUCGGCAAUAUCAUGUGGGUUGCAGUACUGACAUAUAAAUGAUUUAGGCCUUUAUUUAAAUAUAAAAAAUAUAAAACCAAGAAGGAAUUUUCAGAGGUAAGGGAAAGGAGAAUAGAUCUGCUCUCAAGCUAAAUAGGAGGAAGCAAUUGUGAAACCACUGUAGUUGCUAAAGAGGGGAUGGAGGAGGAGAAGGAACAGUUCUUGGAAGAUUCAGGAAUUGGGAGGUAAUAAGUGCUUCAUGGCCCUUUAAGGGCUCCAACUUUCCAUGCCAGCUCUUAGAGCCACUGUGGGUCCUACUGAUUGCCUAUGGCUCUGCGUCUUUUGACUGGUGGAACCAAUAGCAUGAGGACCAAAACAAUCCUUGCAGCUCCUUUCGAGGUAGGUGGUGUUUUACUGACAAGGAGACUGCGUAUGCCUGCCUGUCUCUAGGAGUACAUUGAUCUUCUGCCAUGUUCAGAAUAAAGACUUUCUUUUUAGUAA